CAAUUGUUCUGUUCAUCAACUAUUGCAACAAUGUCAAAUAUAUUUCCGUUAUUUUUACUCGCAUUAUUUGUAGUUGGUUGCAAAUCGUUCUUUUUUCUGAAAAUUGAACCGCGGCGCGAUGAUGAAUGGCCUCCACAAGAAAUUCUUGAGACUUUUAAACCAAUCGGUGAAUUUUGCAAAUCUAAAACCGGUGUAACGGAUGAAGCUAUCAUAGAAUUUAGUGACGGUGUAGUUCACGAUGAUCCUGCCUUAAAAUGUUACAUGCAAUGUGUAUUUGUGGAAGCCAAGGCUGUGGAUGAAAAAGGCGAAGUUCACUUGGAACUUUUGCAACUUCACAUUGACGAUUUGGAUGAAGAAAUUCAAAAUAUUGCAAUUCGUAUGGGCAAGAAAUGCCUUCAUCCCGUCGGUGAAACAUUAUGCGAACGAGCUUUCUGGUAUCACAAGUGCUGGAAGCAAGCCGACCCAAAACAUUACUUCCUUAUCUAAUUGCUACUAUGCUCAAAAUUUGGAGGUUGGAAUUCAACAAAUAUCAAUUCAAAUGCAUACAUGAAAUGUUAUAAAAUAAAAUAAAGUACCGUUG